CUUUAGCAUUUCAAUUUCAUAGCGUAAGCGUCCAAGGCCCAAACAAAAAAUCAUUAAGCAGCAGCUGGAAUUCAACAACCUUAUGUCACCGGAAAUUGGGACACACCAGCUGGAAUCAGAUACCGCCGGCGACAUGAAUUUCAAGGAAACAGAAUUGACCUUAGCCUUGCCCGGUGAGUCUCGCACAUUAAAGGAGAUGAACGGAGGGAAAAUAGGGACUAAACGUGGAUUUUUGGAGACCGUUGAUCUAAAUCUUGGUAGUCUCCGUGCUGAUUGUAGUGAUAAAGAUCGUAAUGAGUCGGAGAAUGAUGUCUUAACCGCGGCCAAGCCUCCGGCAGCAAAGGCACAAGUGGUUGGGUGGCCGCCGGUAAGAGAUUAUAGAAAGAACGCCAUGAAAAGCUGUAAAUAUGUGAAGGUGGCGGUGGACGGAGCUCCAUACUUAAGGAAGGUUAAUCUUGAAAUGUACAAUAGCUAUGAGCAGCUCUUGAGUGCGUUAGAGGACAUGUUCUCUUGCUUCACCAUACGCAAUUAUUUGAAUGAGAGGAAAAUGGUGAAUGGAGUGGAAAAUGUGCCUACUUAUGAAGACAAAGAUGGUGACUGGAUGAUGCUUGGAGAUGUACCAUGGAAAAUGUUUGUUGAGUCAUGUAAGCGAUUAAGGCUGAUGAAAAGCUCAGAGGCAAAUGGAUUAGCUCCAAGGACACCAUCAAAAUGCUCAAGCACAAGUGGGUAAAGGCUUGGAAUGAAGGAAACAAGUGGUGUACAGUAGAGAGGCUUUUGUCUUCAGUUUCUUUUAUAUAACCCAGAGUUGUUUUAGGUUGGAGAGUUUUGAUUUAGAAAAAGAGAAAUAAGAGAGGCCUUCCUAUAAUUUCCUCUACGUUGUAGUAUGGCUCUAGUGCAAUUUAAUGUUGUGGGCUUUUCUCUCCA